CUUACGUAAUCGACUAACUAAAAAAAAGCUAAACUAAAAAUUUCAUCAUCAGUCAAUCAUCGAGAAUUUUCAUCAAAAACACACCUAAUAAUUAAUCAUGGACACACAACAACAACAACAACAAGAAACGCCAUAUUUGGCACCGUUAUUUGAGCGACCACCAGAGAUUGAAAAUAUUCAUGAAGGUGAUGAUGUAUUGCUCAAAUGUAAGAUACGUGCACAGCCACCGGCUACAGUACGUUGGGUACGACAUGGCUAUAUGUUGACACAUACUAACAAAUAUCUUAUUUCAAAUAAUCCACAAACCGGAUAUCAUUCAUUAAUUAUAAAAAAUUUUCACGAAAUCGAUGAUGGUGAAUAUGUUUGUAUUGCCAGCAAUGUGGCUGGUGAAUCAUCAAUUAUAGCGGUAAUUAAAAAAGGUGAUAAAAAAGAUAAUAAACCAGAAAUGGCAACUAGACAAUUUGAUUCAUUCAAAGAAUUACAUGAUUUUCAAUUGAAUCGUUUGACACGUCAAAUCGAUAUGAAAUCAAAUUUUGAUUGCGAAAAAUUCGAAAACGAUCUAAUCAAAAAUGACGAAUUUCGCCAUAAUAAAUGUUCAUUAUUUGAACGUGAUGAACAUUUUAAUCGAUUAAAUCAACAAAGUGAUCAACGCCGUACGGAUAUGGUGGAAUCGGCACCUGAAAUUAUUGAAAAACCAAAAGAUAUUGUUUGUUAUGAAAAUGAUGAUCUUGUAUUCGAUAUUCGUGUCGGUGGUAAUCCGAUACCGAAAAUUUAUUGGUUCAAAAAUGGUCAACCAAUGCCACAGAUAGAGAAUAAAUGUCGAAUAAGUUAUGAUAAUGAUAUUGUACGAUUACAUAUUUCACGAUUAUUAAAUGAAGAUGCCGGAAGUUAUACAAUUCUUGCUGAAAAUAAUCAUGGAUCAGCAACAUUUUCAAUCAAUCUGAAUGUACAUUAUUUUAUUGAAGAUGAUAUCUAUACAAAACCGCAAUCGAAACCAACAAAUGCAACUGGAACUAACCUGAUGUCCGGUGGUAUAAAUACACAACAACAACAAACUAUGACGACGAAAACAACAACAACAACAAUAACACAACAACGACAAACUACAACAUCAAGAAGUGCUGAUACCGUAGAUGAAUUGCCAAUCAUAAGUGGUAUACGGCCAAAUUUCUAUCUAAUUCCAUAUGAUAUGGAAGCAAUGGAAAAUCAAAUUGUACGAUUCGAAUUACGUGUUAGUGGACGCCCAGAACCGGAAAUCACAUGGUUCAAAGAUGGUCGACAAUUAUUUGAUUGUGAACAUUUUAAAUUAGUAGUAAAUGAAGAAGGUAGUCAUGCAUUAUUAAUAAUGGGAGCUGAUCCACAAGAUUCUGGCCUUUAUAAAUGCGUUGCUUCAAAUCAAAAUGGCCAAUCAUCAUUUACAGUACGAUUAUUGGUGUUGGAAAAAGAACCAACGGUAUCACCGAAAUUUGUUGAAAGAUUUCAAAAUACCACAAUCAAGUCUGGUGAAUCAAUUGUCUUUCAUUGUCGUGCUGUUGGAACACCAUCACCAAUUUUGACGUGGCAAAAAGAUGGUAUACAAAUUGAUCCAAAUCCACCGGCCGUUGAAAUUCGUACGGAUCAAUGUUCAUCAUCAUUAUAUUUGAAUAAUGUUUCGGCACGUGAUUCUGGUUGGUAUCAAUGUACAGCACAGAAUCAAGGUGGCACGGUUGCAACACGUGCACGUUUAAAUAUCGAAUCCGAUCAGAAAACUCUGUUGCAAGGUGAACCAUUGAGAUUGAAUCUACCAAAAACACAUCGUCGAAUUGAACCAGAACCAGGACAGCAAUCAGAAACAAUUAUUUUGAGACAUGUUCAGCGAUAUUAUGAAGAAAUACCACCAGAACAACGUGAUUUCAUUACAUAUGAAGAACGUAAAACAAAACCAAUAUUUGCAACACAUUUACGUGAUGUUAAUCUCCAAAAAGGAAUGACUGGACAUUUUGAAGCAUAUCUAAAAGCAGCUGAUUAUUCAAAUAUGAAAAUUGAAUGGUUUCUCAAUGAUAAACUAUUGGAAAAUAGUGAACGAUUUAUUAUUACAGAUAAAUAUGGUUAUAUUGCCUUAACAAUAUUAAAUGUACAGCCAGAAGAUUCUGGUAUCAUCACAUGUAAAGUAACGAAUCAAUAUGGUGAUGCACAAACAUCGGCUACAUUGAAAUGUGCCGAUACAAUAGCAGCACCAGCACCAGCACCAGUACCAGCCACAAAAACAACAACAGCAAAACCAGAAAAACCAAUACAACAACAAAUGAAACCAGAACAAGAAAAACAAAAAGAGACGACUAUAUCACAACAAAAGCAACAAGUGAAACAACAGGAAGAAAAAGACGAAGAAUAUCGACAAAAAUACCAACAAAUUGAAGAUUCAGAAUUUUAUAGUUAUCAAAAAGAAGUAGAAGAAUCCUAUAGAAAAAUUGCACCACAUUUUGUACGGCCAUUACAAUCACAAAUUUUGACUACACAAGGUGCAACAAUAUUAUUGGAAGCACAAAUCACACCAGUAAAUGAUCCAAAUAUGCGUAUCGAAUGGUAUCUAAAUGGACAACCAUUAAUAUCUAAUGAACGAAUAAGUUCUAAAUUUAAUUUUGGUUAUAUUUCAUUGGUUAUUGUUGAUCUACGUGAAUCUGAUAGCGGCGUCUAUAUGGUCAGAGCCAUUAAUGGUGCCAAUGAAGCUACAUCAACUGCAUCGAUUCAUGUGAAUCCGCUUGAACCACCACCACCACCACCAGCACCAAAACCAAUUAUUGAGAAAAAACAUCAACAAGUGGAAACGGAAACACAACAACAACAACAACAAACAACGACAACAGCAACAAGUAAAAUUCGUAAACAUACACGUGAAGAACAUGUUUAUAGUCCAACUGCUGCUUCGAUUGUUGAUAUUCGACAAAUACGUCCAUAUUUUAAAAAACAUUUUCAAAAUUUAAUUGAUACUACAAAAGGUGACACAAUUCGUUUUGAAGCAUUAGUUGAACCAAAUGAUGAUCCAAAUCUUGAAGUUUAUAUAGUGAAAGAUGAACAAAUAAUUUUGCCAACACCAAAAAUACAAAUUCUUUAUAAUCGUGGUUUAGUAUCAAUUUGUAUCAAUGAUUUAGCCACAGAAGAUUGUGGCGUAUAUAAAUGUACAGUAAAAAAUUCAUUAGGUCAAGCUGAAACAAUUGGUGAGUUACGCGUAAAAGAACCAGUAAAAAUGGAUGAUCAAUAUUUAAAAUUUCAACAACAACAACAAAUGGACACAAUGACAACAAAAGAAACUGUUCUAGCUACACAAGAAUUCUAUACGCAUACACAACCACCACCACCACCACAACCACCGGUAAUAGCAAUGAAACAAGAAUCAUCACCACCGGUGAUGCAAUUUCAGCCAUCACCACAGGUACAAACAAAGCAGCCACCAAUUAAAUCUGUAGCAGUGCCAAAAAUGACCACUGGUAUGGCACCAAUAUUUCGUAUACCGUUACAGAUACCACCAUUAAUGUAUAGUGAAGGUGAAAAUGUCUAUAUGGAAGCAUUUAUUGAACCAGUUAAUGAUCCAAAUUUGAAAAUUGAAUGGUAUCUUGAUAAAGUACCGGUUGUAUUCACUCAACGACAUCAUCAAAAAUUUGAUUUUGGCUGUAUUUCGAUGAUGAUUGAAACGGUUAACAUAAAUGAUGGUGGUGAAUAUACCUGUUGUGUACGUAAUCAUUAUGGCCAGGCUGUAUCAUCGGCUAAUGUUUCGAUUGUAAGAAUUCCUGGUGUAGAACAAACACAACCACCAGAAAUUCCACCACCACCACGUCCUGCAUUACCAAUUCAUAUAGCACCAGCUAUACCACCGCCACCUGUUUAUUCAUAUUUUGAUGAAAGUCAACGGAUGCAAACCAAACAAGAAUGGUUUGAUACAACAAAAACAACAGUGACAACAGAUCAGUAUGAACAAAUUGUACCACAAAGAGCUUAUUAUCAAGAAGUGUAUCCGGUUACAACUGGUCCGCCACCACCAAUUCUAACCACAACGGAACCACGUGAAAUAUUUCCAAAACCCAAAUUUGUUACUAAAAUGAAUAAUGUUACAAUACCAGAAGGUAAAACAGCAUGUCUGGAAAGUCGUAUCGAACCGACAUUAGAUCCAAAUCUAGCAAUUGAUUGGUUUUUCAAUGGCAAACCAUUAACCGUUGGUAAUCGUUUUCAACCAUAUUAUCAUUUUGAUUAUGUUGUAUUGAAAAUAUUGAAAACACAACCAAAUGAUUCUGGUUUGUAUACAUGUCGUGUAUCGAAUGAAUCUGGUUUCGAUGAAAUGUCCACGACAAUUGUUUGUUAUGAAGAAAAUCUUGAAACGGACAUACAAUUUCAUGAACCAAUAACAAAAACAAAACAUCGAGAUGAUGAAGAAAUUUCUGGACAACAACAACAAGCACCAAGAAUAAAAUCCACUUCGAUGAAAGAUAUCCAUACGAUUGAAGGACAAAAAAUUCAUUUAGAAUGUUAUGUACAACCAAUGGAUGAUCCAGAUCUUGUGGUGGAAUGGUAUAAAGAUAAUGAACUAUUGAGAAAAGGAUCACGAUUUGUAGAGAUUUGUGAUUUUGGUUAUGUUUGUCUGGAUAUUCUUUGCGUUUAUCCGGAAGACAGUGGAUUGUAUACAUUGAAAGCAACCAAUAAAUAUGGUACGGUAACAAAAUCAUGUAAUAUUUAUUGUAUGCCAACUGCAAAUCUUGAUACAAGAUCAUUGAAUGAAAUUAGUAUGCAAAGUAUACGUCGUUUAGAAUUGCGUCAUGAACAACGAUUUGAACGUGAAACACUGAUAACUGAACCACCAAAAUUCUUGCAACCAUUACAAUCAGCUAAACGUAUUGAAAAUGAACGUGUUCAUUUUGAAACACGAUUGGUGCCCAUUGGUGAUGAAAAUCUCCAUGUGGAAUGGUUUUUAAAUGGACAAUCAUUGAAAUCAAGUUCAAGAAUUUCAUUUAUAAAUGAUUUUGGUUAUGUAUCAUUGGAUAUUAAAGAAUUAACACCAUAUGAUUCUGGUACCUACACAUGUCGAGCACGUAAUGCUAAUGGUGAAGAUAGUGUUUCCGCUACGUUAACAGUACAAGCAACCGAUACAAUUAUCAAUGAUACAAUACAUCCAGGAACGGUAGCAAAAUUCUCGACAUUAGAAACGAAAACAUUUAAACGUAAAGAAAUUGAAGAUGAUAUCACCGGACAAACACGACCAACAUUUAAACAUUCAUUGAAAGGAACACGUCAAUUAGAAGAAGGAAUGGCAGCACAUUUUCAAUGUGUUGUGGAACCAUCGCGUGAUGAAACAAUGAAUGUUGAAUGGUUUCAUAAUGGCCGACCAAUGCCCGUUGGAAAUCGUUAUCAUACAUUGUUUGAUUUUGGUUUCAUAACAUUAGAUAUAUUGAAAGUUACUGCUGAAGAUUCCGGUGAAUAUCGUAUACGUGUCACAAAUCAUCUUGGCAUGGUUGAAGAUAGUAUCCAUUUAACAGUUAUUGAACGUGAUACAAUACUACGUGGUAGUCAACAACCACAAAGUUUGGAAAAAAUUCAGAUUCUUGAACGUACAUCAUCAGCACAUAAAAAGAAAAAAAUUGAAGAUGAUUAUGUGAUUAUUGAUCAACCGAAAUUUGGUCAAAAAUUACCAGAACUAAUUGAACUAAUGGAAGGACAACCAUUAUAUGUGGAAAGUACGUUGACACCUAUAAAUGAUCCAACAAUGAAAGUUGAUUGGUAUCUCAAUGAUCAAUUACUGAAAUGUGGCCACCGAUUUCGUACAUUGAAUGAUUUUGGUUAUGUUUCAUUGCAAAUUCUAUACGCUUAUCCAGAAGAUAGUGGUCGUUAUGAAUGUCGUGCCACAAAUGAUCUUGGUGAAGAUCGUAUUCAUUGUAAUGUACAGGUUAAAAGUCGAAAAAUUAUCGAUACAUCAACCAUACAUGAUGAAUCAUUGGCUCGAAUUCAACAAAUUGAACGCCAUACACGCGUGAAACAAGAACAAGAAAUUUUUGAUCAACCAAUACGGCCAAGAAUUAUUCGACCAUUGCGCAAUUCACAUGAAUUAAAUGAAGGUGAUUCUGUGUGUUUAGAAUUGACAGCUGAACCAGUGAAUGAUUCAACGAUGAUUAUUGAAUGGUCACAUGAUGGAGUUCCGAUUAAAACUGGUCAUCGUUUUGUUGUUAUUCAUGAAUUUGGUUAUAUCGCUCUAAGGAUUCUUUAUGUUUAUCCAGAAGAUUCCGGUACAUAUACCGUACGGAUAUCGAAUGCAUCUGGUGAAGUGAUACAAACAUCAAAUAUAAUUGUCAAGGAAAAAAGAAAUAUCAUUUUCGAUACAAUUCAUCCGGAAGGAUUGGAAAAAAUCCAAAUGUUAGAAAAACAUGUACAACGAACCACUAGAAUUGAUUAUGAACAAAUGGACAUGACUGCGGCACCACAUUUUGUUUCAAAACUUCGUGCCAAUAAUACUCAACUGACCGAAGGUGAUAAUUGUCAUAUUGAAUGUCAAAUUGAACCAAUUAAUGAUCCAGAUAUGGUGGUUGAAAUAUUGCAUGAUGGCCGACCAUUAAAAACUGGUUCACGUUUUCGUACACUUUGUGAAUUUGGUUACAUAGCAUUGGAUAUUCAUUCAAUGAAUCCAGAAGAUAUGGGCACAUAUAAAUUUCGUAUAUCAAAUCGUUUAGGACAAAUUGAAGAUAAUAUCAAUCUGCAAGUAAGACCAAUAAAAUCCAUUCAAACUGAUACAAUGUAUGGUGAAACAUUGAAAAAAUUAAAUAUCCUGGAACAGCAACAAGCUCAUCGAGUAACCGAUGUAGAUGAUGGCAAAACACAGCAAAAACCAAUAUUUACACAACCAUUACAUAAUGUUUAUAAUGUACGGGAAGGAUCAAAUGCUCAUCUUGAAUGUCGUCUAAUACCGGUGGGUGAUCCAUCAAUGAACGUGGAAUGGUAUAAAAAUGGCCGACCAUUACAGCAUAGUUCUCGUUAUCAUCAUAUCAAUGAUUUUGGUUACAUUUCAUUGGAUAUUCAUAAAGUUGAAUCGAAAGAUUCAGGCACCUAUACAGUACGAGCAACAAAUGAAUUAGGUGAAGCACAUACACUAUGUACAUUGGAAAUACCGUCGGAAAAAUCCAUCAUCACCGAUACAACAAAUGUUGAAUCAUUGAAAACCAUACAAUAUUUGGAACGUAAUUUAAGAGCCACCAGAUCAGAUCAUGAUCAACAGCAACGAAUGGAGAAACCGAAUUUUUUCGUACCAAUUCGUGGUCCAAACAUGGUGAAUGAAAAUGAUCGCGUAUGUUUGGAAUGUCAAGUAACACCUAUUGGUGAUUCAACAAUGACAUAUCAAUGGUAUAAAAAUGGCCAAGAAUUAUCACCAAGUUCAAGAAUUGCAACAUCAAAUGAUUUUGGUUAUGUUUUUUUGGAAAUUGCUUCCGCCUGUGAAGAUGAUAGUGGUGUUUAUAUGUUGAAAAUAGCCAACGAAUCUGGUGAAGCAAUUUCAUCACAUCAAUUACGUGUGAAUACAUUUCCAGCAAUCGAUACACAAUGUCAACAUCCAGAAACAUAUAAACAGAUUCAAUAUUUGGAAAAAUUUAAACGUGGCUCACAUCGACAACCAAUUCAACAGCAGCCAUCAAUGGGUGAACCACCAAAAUUUACCAAACAUUUGAAUAGUAUCGAUAAUGGUAAUGAAGGUGAUUAUAUAAGGCUAGAAACACGUGUUGAACCUGAGAUGGAUGAAAAACUUACAAUUGAAUGGUAUAAAAAUGGCCAAAUAUUAACACUUGGUACACGUAUUACAUCGAAUUUUGAUUUUGGUCUCGUCAUUUUGGAAAUUAUUGGCGCAAAAAGUGAAGAUACUGGUGUUUAUACUUGUCGAGCUGUAAAUCAAUUUGGAGAGGCAACCAAUUCUUGUACGAUCAAAAUAAAAGAUAGUAACCGCAUUGAAACUGGAUCAUUUUUUCCGGAAACAUUGAAAACCAUCGAACAAUUGGAACAACAUCCAUCAAAGAUUCAUAAAUCAACAGGUCAAUUAGAAAUACGACCACAACAACAAGGAGGUCAACCUCCUUAUUUUACAAAUCAUAUACAGAAUAUGGUCAUACCAGAAGGUCAAAAUGUUACAUUUGAAUGUAACGUACAACAGCCAAUACAAGAUCCAAAUUUAGAAUUCCGUAUUCUACAUAAUGGACGUGAAAUUCAAGUAGGAAAUCGAAUUCUCGUACAACAUGAAUUCGGAUAUGUACGUAUUGAAAUUGAUUCCGUUAAACCACAAGAUUCUGGUAUCUAUACGGUAAAAGUGGCAAAUAAUUUUGGUGAAUCCACUUCAACAGCAUCAUUGAAUGUAAUACCGACAACUAAUGUUGAUUAUCAACCGGUACAUCCUGCCGGUAUGAAAGGAAUGAAAGCAAUUGAAAAAAUUGAAAAACAACAACAAAAAUAUACAUCGACUAUUACCACCACCACUGCUACACAGCCAGAAAAAGAAUUUCCAUCUUCACCCAAAUUUAUACGAUCAUUACCAAAUGAAAUCCGAAUACGUGAAGGUAAUGAUUUGGAAUUGAAUUGUGAAAUAUCAGAUGAUACAACCAGUAAAAUUGAAUGGUUUCUAAAUGGCGUACCAUUAAAUGGUUCAUCACCAAGAAUAAAUCUGAAACAAGAAUCGGGUAAAAUUCUUUUAACAAUCAAAAAAUCUGAACCAAAAGAUUCUGGACUUUAUAAAUGUCGUGCAUCAAAUAAUCAAGGUGAAUCAUAUACAACCACACAGGUAUAUGUACAGCCAAGUGAAUCAAAUAUUGUCAGGGAAUCAUUAUUCUACGAACAAACAACGACAACGACAAUUGAUGACGAAAUCCACGAUAAAUUGCCAUCAAUUAUACCGUUAACAGAUACGGAAAUUUUUCUGAAUGAAGGUUCAAGUCUUCAUCUUGAAGUCAAAGUUGAUCCGAUGAAUGAUUCAUCAAUGCAAAUUGAAUGGUAUCAUAAUGAAACCGAGCUAAAAAUCGGUAAUCGUAUCACAACGUUUCAUGGAUUUGGUUUUGCCAUCCUGGAGAUUAAUGAUUGUAAUCGUGAUGACGGUGGAACAUAUGCAUGUAUCGCUAGAAAUGAUAAAGGAUAUUCACAACAAAAUUUCCAGGUUAAUCUGAUUGAAACAAUGAUCAAUGAACCAAUGAUCCAGCAACCACAUCCACAGCCACAACAAGAAAAACCACAAUUUCAACAACCAUUAAAUGAAGACAUUCAAGUAGUGGAAGGUGAAAGUAUUCAUGUUGCAACAACCGUAAUACCACAUGAUAUACAAUUAGAAUGGUUUCAUAAUGGCCAACCAUUACAACAAAGUUCAAGAAUCAAAACAACCGGUGAUUUUGGUUACGUAGUGUUGGAAAUAUCAAAAGUAGAACCAAAAGAUUCUGGUGAAUAUCUACUUGUAGCUACUAACAAGUACGGUAUUGAUACAUUAAAAUUUAAUCUUGAUUGUCAACCAACAAGUAAUAUUGAUCAUGGUGCAAUGUUGGAUCCAAAAUAUCAAUCAACAUUACAAAUGAUGCCAAGGCCACAACAAGUGGCGCCAAAAUUUAAUCGUAAAUUACCUGAACAAAUUAAUGUUUGGGAAGGACAAAGUGUCCAUUUGGAAAGUGAUUAUCAACCAUUUGAUGGUACAGUACAAAUUGACUUCUUAAGGGAUGGAAAACCAUUGGUGGCAAGUGAACGUUUUCAAACAAUAAAUGAAUUUAGUUUUGCAAUACUGGAUAUUGUUUAUCUUUAUGAAGAAGAUAGUGGUAUUUAUGAAAUACGUGCCACCAAUCAAUUUGGUACCGAUCGUGUACAAACACGUGUUAAUGUACAAUCAAGAGAUCAACAGCAACAAAUACUACUACCAGGUGAAACAGUGCCAACAAUCAAUUAUAUUGAUCGUGUUGUCAGUAGUAGAACAACACACAUACAACGAGAAGUGGAAACACGUUAUGAAUCACCAAAAUUUGAAUUACCAUUAAAUGAUCAAACAAAUCUGAAAGAAGGUGAUUGUGUUCAUUUGGAAACACGUGUAACACCUUCGUCAGAUCCAUCAUUAUCAAUUGAAUGGUAUAAAGAUAAUCAACCAUUACGUGCAUCAAAUCGAAUCCGUACAAUAAGUGAAUUUGGUUUUGUCAUCUUGGAAAUAAGUCCAGUCUGUCCAGAAGAUAGUGGUCUUUAUACAGUUCGUGCUACCAAUAAUGUUGGUGAAGCUGUACUUUCUACACGUAUUUUCUGUCACGAUAGCCGUAAUAUUGUUUAUGAUAGCCAAAUAUUACAACAUACAACAACGAUGGAUCAAGCACAGAUUUUCAGUAGUACAAAACAACAAAAACCACGAUUUAUUGAUCAAUUAACUGAUCUGAAUAUGAAAGAACAUGAUUUUAUUCAUUUGGAAUCCCGUUUAACACCGAUUGGUGAUCCAACAAUGAAUGUUGAAUGGUUUGUCAAUGGAAAACCAUUUACAACUGGAUCAAGAUUUCGUACAAUCAGUGAUUUUGGUUAUGUUGUGCUAGAAAUCAUUGAAGCAUAUGCACGUGAUUCUGGUGUCUAUGAAUGUGUUGCCACUAAUCAAUAUGGCCGAGAUUCAAUUAAAAGUCAAAUAAAUGUGGAAAAAACAAAAAAUGUCAUAAUGGAAACACAAUUACCGGUGGAACACAGCCGAACAUUACAAUCAUUGGAACAACGUAUCAUGAAUCAACAAUUUAUUCGUAAAUCCGAUGCUGAUGAUCAACGAGAAUUUCCGAUGCCAAAAUUUUUCGGUAAAAUUGAAUCCACUAUCCACAGAAAAGAAGGUGAUGCAUUACAUGUGGAUUGUCGUGUUGAACCGUCAAAUGAUCCUGAUCUUACUAUUGAAUGGUUUCUUGAUGGUAAACCAUUAAUUACAAGUUCACGUAUACAUUCAAUCAAUGAUUUUGGUUUCGUUGUAUUGGAUAUUGAUUGGCUAUUUGAUCGUGAUUGUGGUACAUAUCAAUGUGUCGCUAGUAAUCAUCAUGGUAGUGAUACAUUUGCAUUUAAUCUGGUUGUUAAACCAGAAUCCAAUAUUGUUUAUGAUAGUCAAUUACAACCAACUAUUUCAACAUCAACAACAAUAACAUCACCACAGCAACAGCAACAACAACAAUUAAUGGCACCACAUUUUACAAAAUCAUUAGUGGAAAAAAUAAUCAUAAAUGAAGGUGAAAAUAUCCAUUUUGAUAGUCGUAUUGAACCAUUUGGUGACGGUGAAAUGAAAAUUGAAUGGUUACAUAAUCAGGAACCAUUACGUUCAGGUCAUCGACAUAAAACUAUUAAUGAUUUUGGCUACAUUUCAUUGGAUAUUAUUUCGGCUGACUUAGAAGAUUCUGGCCACUAUACAUGUGUUGCAAAAUCACCACGUGGUGAAGAUCAAAUCAUGUGUUUAGUAGAAGUACGUCCUCGAAAAAAAUUGGAUUUUAAACCACAAAUACCAAAAGAAAUGUCUGCUGCAUUCGAAAGAAUUCAGGAUCUUGAUCAACAGCAGCAACAAAUACCAACACCGGAUUUUGUAUCACCAGAUGAUCGACGUGAAAAUAUGGCACCAACAUUUGUACAGAAUCCUGAACCACUGUGCGUAUUGGAAGGUGAUGUGGCACGAUUCUGUUGUCGUAUAAUUGGUUAUCCAAAACCUCGAGUUAUAUGGACAUUGAAUGGUAAACCAAUACCGAAUGGAUCACGAUAUAAAAUUCGCUAUGAUGGUAUACAUCAUUUGGAAAUUCCAAAAACUCGACAAUAUGAUCAAGGAAAAAUCGAAGUAAUUGCAAAAAAUAAUCUUGGUGAAGUUAGUGCAUCGACAAUGUUGGAAGUUCGUCCAAGAAAUGCUGAUUAUCGUGCCAUUUUGAAACAUUCACCAAAAACUAAUUAUGAUGAUAAUAUGGAAAAAUAUCAAAAAUCACGUAAAGAACUUGAAACAGAAAAUGUGUUUGAAGAACGUAUUAGUGAUAAAAAAGAAGAAAUUGUUUGGUACACUGAACAAUCUGAAGAUGGUGAACGGAUAAAAAUACGUGAACAUCUUGUUGAUUAUGUACCGAUAAAAGCGGAUGCAACUUAUUGUAAAGAUGAAACAACCACAGCAAUGAAACCUGCCAUGGAAAUGGAACCAAAAAAGAAAUUUAAAAUAAUUUCUUCACCAAAACCAAAAUCGACUAUUUCUAUUACACCAGAUCAACAACAACAAGCCGAAACAUUAGUACAUGGACGUGAAGUUGUAACAAAAGAACAGAAACAAACACAAAAAGAAAUUCGUGAUCAAACUGAGAUAACCAGAAAAAUUAAAGAAACAAGUUCAAUUGAUCAAGAACAUAAAAUGAUGACAGCUGAACGUAAAAUUGCCACGAAAAAACCACCACAAGCCAUUAUAAUUGGACCAAGAUUUAUAAAGAAAAUUAAACCAUGUCGUUGUGUGGAACGUAAUCAAGCACGAUUUGAAUGUGAAUUUUCAGGGAAACCAACUCCAGAAGUAACAUGGUAUAGAGAGAAUUUUGAAAUUCAAUGUUCAGAUGAUUUUAAGAUCAUAAAUGAAGAAUUUAAAUCCACAUUAAUCAUACAGGAAGUAUUCCUGGAAGAUUCCGGUGUAUUCAGUGUUGCAGUACGAAAUGAUGGUGGAAUCGCUAAAUGUUCGGCAAAUUUGAUUGUUGAAGAAAUGCGUAAAAAAUCCGAUGAUGUGCCACCAAGUUUUACGAAAACCAUACAAUGUAUACGAACAAAAUCCGGUUUGGUCAUCACGUUGGACGCAAAAAUUAAUGGUUCACAACCGAUGAAUGUAUUUUGGGCUAAAAAUGGACAACGUAUACAAGAGGAUAAAAAACAUCGUAUCGUUGAACAUGAAGAUCAAUAUACAUUGGUUGUAUUGGAUGCCCAUGUCGAUGAUUCUGGUUCCUAUGAAUGUGUUGCAAUGAAUAAUGUUGGUGAAGCACGUUGUAUUGCUGAAGUAUUCGUUGAAGAAGCUGAACCAUUGUCGGUGGAAAAUUUUCCGGAAGAAGAACCAAAAAUAAUUGAAAAACUCAAAGAUAUCACUGUGAAAGAAGGACAAUCAGCUGUUUUUAAAUGUCGUAUUACAUGUACGAAUCAAGAAGUAAUCUGGUAUAAAGAUGAUGAAAUGAUUAAACAAUCACGUUAUUUCCGUAUGACAUCAGAUCGUGAAUGUCAUACAUUACGUAUAUAUGAAGCAUUCACUGAAGAUGAAGGCAUUUAUCGUUGCUGUAUUGGUCGUGUAUCAACAUCGGCACGAUUAAGAGUCAUUUCUGAUGAAGCAGAAAAACCAAAAUUAUCCGAAUUAAAUGAUCAAACAAUAAAAGAAGAUUCACAAUUACAUUCAACAUGUACACUAUCUGGUUCACCAACACCAAAAGUAACAUGGUAUAAAGAUGGACAACAAAUUUAUCAAUCCAGAGAAGUUCAGAUUUUACAAGAUGAUAUAUCAUGCACAUUGAUUAUUGCACAAAUAUGUCCCGAAGAUGAAGGUCAAUAUCGAUGUGUAGCAGAAAAUAAGCUUGGAAAAUGUGAAAAGAAAUUCAAAGUUACAGUGGAAAGAAAAAAACAACCAAGUAAAGAGAAAUCGGAUUCGGAAGAUUGGUUGUUGGAUGAUGAUGGUGGCAAAAAACCGAAAAAAGAUUGUCAAGUAAUAUUUGUCAAACCAUUACGGCCAUUAACCAUAAGAAAAAAUGAACCAAUCAUGUUGGAAGCAAUUGUUGAAUCAGUACCAUCACCAAAAAUUUAUUGGUUUCAUGAAAAUCGUAAGAUAAAAAAUUCACGUUUUCAUCGUAUUGAUGAGCAACAUGAACCGAAUGAUGAUCGUACAAAAAUUCGUACAAAAAGUCAAUUACAAAUUGAUAAAGCACAUCCAGAUGAUUCAGGUAAAUAUACUGUUCGUGCUAUUAAUCGUUGUGGUGUACGAACAUCAUCUGUAAAUGUUAAUAUUCUGGGAGAAAAACCAGAAUUUAUUGAAAAAAUUCAAUCAGAAUUACGCGUUAAAGAAGGCAGUAUAAUGACAAUAAAAUUAAAAGCUCAAGGAAAUCCAAUGCCACGAUUAACAUGGUAUCAUAAUCAACGAAUGAUACGUGAUCGAAGAUUUUUUAUUGUUAAAACAUUCGAAGAAAUUGGUUGGACUGAAUUGACCAUAUUUGAAUGUUUCAAAGAUGAUGAAGGUGAAAUUAAAUGCGUGGCAGAAAAUAAAUACGGUCAAACUGAAACCGUUGGACGUAUCCAAAUUCAAGAAACCACACCAUCGGAACAACCGUUGGAGGAUGUUUACGCGGAUCUAGUACCACCAGAUUUCACACGAACAUUACGAAAUCAAAUUGUAAAAUUAGGCGAAAAAGAUUUCCUAUAUGAAGUGGAUUUUAUUGGCAAUCCAAAACCAGAAAUAUUCUGGUAUCAUAAUGGUAAAAUUAUCGAUGCUGAUUCUGGUGGUGACCGUGAAUAUUAUCAAAUAAUAACCGAUGGUUAUAAUUCAAAAUUAAUCAUCAAAAAAAUGGAUGAAGAAGAUAUGGGUGAAUAUCGUGCACGGAUAUUUUCCUAUCUUGGCGAAGCCAUUUCCAUUGCAGAGAUUCGAUUUCAAGAACAAGAACAAGAUGAAAUUGAAUUUAAUGAGGAAAAAAUUAUUAAAAGAGUAAUAAAAAUAACUAAACGUAAAUCCAUAAAACAAGAACAACAAGAAGAUUUACAACAGGAGGAAACAACGACAAUGGCGGCUAAACCAAUCGAUGAAAAGAAGGAUAUAAUAAAGGAUGAUCAUGAACCACGUGCUGAAGAAUCCAAGGAGCCAGAACUGGAAACAGAACAAAUUGAUCAAGAUGUCGUCUAUGAAGAACAACAACAACAACAACCGGAUGAUAAAAUCAUCAGGAAAAUCGUACGAAAACCAAAGAAAAUCGAACCGAAACAAGAUCAACCAAUCAAAUUGGAACGUGUCAUAAAGGCAACAGAUAAGCAGCAGAUUGACCAAGAACCAGAAACAACGAUUGAACAACGACCAUACGAUUUAGAUAUCGAGGAAUUUAUUGAAAUAUCAGAUGUCGUUGAAACAAUUGAAGUGAUCGAAAGUUAUGACGAAAAAGAAAAACCAAAAAUUCAACAUAAAAUUAAACUAAUCAGACGGCCAGAAGAUCAAAAACCGAUUGAAUAUCGUGAAGAACCGGAUGAUCAUUUUGUGAUUGAUGAUCAAACAAUGAAACCGAAAAAAAUAAUUCGGAGAAAACAACCAAAACCCGUGACAACUGUAGAAACAAUAAAACCAUCGCCGGAAUCAUUCGAAUUUAUUGAAAUUUCCGAUAUCAUUGAAACGGUGGAAGAAAUGACCGAAACACCGGAUGGCCAAAACAUUAUACGACAUAAAAUCCGAAAAGUUAAAAAACCUAAAGAUCAAAAACCAAUUGAUUAUGAACCUAAAUCCGGUGAUCAUUUACUUGCUGAUAAAAUGGGUAAACUAAAGAAAAUCAUUAGAAUGGCAAGAAAACCGAAAGAAAUCGUUGAAACCAAACCUACCACCACAAUAUUAGCAACGAUAACAAAACAAAUCCCCGAUACAGAAGAAGAAUGUAAAAAACCAAAAGAAUCAACAGAAGAAGAAUAUCCAGAAGAAUUACCGGAAUUUAUUGAAAUAUACAAAGUUGUCGAAACAAUCGAAGAGAUUGAAGAAACAACAACUGAAGGUGAUAAAAAAUCGGUUCAUAAAAUUAAAUUAGUACGAAAACCAGAUGAUAAAAAGCCAAUUCCAUAUGAAGAAAAACCUGGUGAUCAUGUUGUCAUUGAAAGUGAGACGAAAAAACCGAUAAAAAUUAUACGUCGCUUACGAAAAUCCAUCGAUGAUGAGCAAAAAGAUGAUGAAAAAAGAUUAGAAUUUAUCGAAAUAUCUGAUAUCAUCGAAACAAUUGCUCAAAUUGAAUCGACACCAGAUGGAAGUGAACGUGUUUCGAAAAAAGUUAUUCGAAUCCGUAAACAUGAUGAGAAAAAACCCGAAGAAUACGAUAAACAACCUGAUGAUCAUAUGCUUUCGGAUAUAAGUGGAAAACCGAAGAAAAUUAUCCGAAUUCAUGCCAAACAUCCGGAUGAAAAAGAUAAAAAGAAAAUUUUAUUGAAAAAACCAAAAGAAACCAAAGAAGAAGAAAAGCCAACAGAAAUGGCUGAAUAUAUGGAAAUAGCUGAUGUCGUCCACAUAAUCGAAGAAGAAGUAGACGACAAGAAAAAAGUGCACAAAAUUAAAUUGAUUAAAAAACCAAAAGAAAAACAACCGGUAGAAUAUCAAGAGAAACCGGGUGAACAUAUUUUGAUUGAAGAAACAACAAAGAAACCAAAGAAGAUUAUCAAACGUGUUAAAAAACCUACUACCGACGAAACAAUCGAAAUAUCCGAGGAGGAUAGACAAAUCCUUGAAUUUAUUGAAAUCAGCAACAUUAUCGAAACUGUUGAUGAAUUCGUGGCAACAACCACCGGCAAAAAAAUCAUCAAACGUAAGGUAACAAAGGUAAGUAAACAAGAAGAUCAGAUGCCGGAAGAAUAUCGACAGAAACCUGAAGAACAUAUUCUGACGGAUAUGUUGACGGAUAAACCAAAGAAAAUUAUCCGAAAAAUUCAAAAAUCCGUCCAUGAAACACCAGAACAAGACAAGAAAAAAAUUAUAUUGAAAAAACCAAAGAAAACUGUGGAAAAAAUUUUACCAGAAUUUGUGGAAAUAUCCGAUGUAAUUGAAACUGUUGAACAAAUCGAAGAAACACCGGAAGGCAAAAAGAAAAAAGUACAUAAAAUAAAAUUAGUGAAAAAACCGGAAGAUAAAAUUCCGGUGAAAUAUGAAGAAAAACCGGAUGAUCAUCUUUUGGUUGAUGAAAAGACUAGAAAACCGAAAAAGAUUAUCAAAAGAAUUCGUCCACCUAAUGAAGAUGAAAUAGUCGAUGACGCUAAACAAGAAUUUAUUGAAAUUUCCGAUAUUGUUGAAACAAUCGAAGAAACGAUCGAAAUAUUUGAAGGUGAUAAAAAAGUUGCCAGAAAAGUUAUUCGUGUUAAAAAACCUACAGAAAUUAUGUCCGAAGAAUAUGAACCAAAAUCAGAAGAUAAAAUGCUCAUUGAUGUGGUUGGAAAACCGAAAAAAAUUAUUCGAAAAAUUCAAAAACCAGUUGAAGAGCAUGUUGAUGAUGAUGAAACAUCCACCGAAUACGUUGAAAUUGCAGAUGUCGUCCAUACAAUUGAAGAAAUCGAAGAGAUGCCAGAAGGCGAGAAGAAAAAGGUUCACAAAAUCAAAUUAAUCAAAAAACCAGAAGAAAAACAACCGGUAGAAUAUAAAGAGAAACCGGGUGAACAUAUUUUGAUUGAAGAAACAACAAAGAAACCAAAGAAAAUUAUCAAACGUGUUAAAAAACCUACUAGUGACGAAACAAUCGAAAUACUACCCGAUGAGGAUAGACAAAUUCUUGAAUUCAUAGAAAUCACAGAUAUCGUGGAAACUAUGGAUGAAAUAUCCGUAACAACUGGUGGUAAAAAAAUCAUAAAACAUAAAGUGAAAAAAGUAAAGAAACCAGAAGAUGGAAAAUCUGAAGAAUAUCUCCAGAAACCAGAAGAACACAUGUUAUCCGAUAUUUCUGGUAAACCAAAGAAAAUCAUACGAAAAAUCCAAAAACCCAAAGAAAUAUCAGAUCAAGACAAGAAAAAGAUUGUCUUGAAAAAGCCAAAGAAAUCUGAUGAAAAAGAUGAAGAAAAACCAAGAGAAAUUGUUGAAAAAAUUGAACAUGAACCAACACAAAUAAUACAAGAAAAAAUUCAUCCUGAAAUUGAAACAAUCACUGAAGAGUUUGUUGAAAUAUCAGAAGUUGUUGAAACAAUCGAAGAAAUAGAGGAAACACCUGAAGGUGAUAAGCAAACAACUCAUAAGAUUAAAUUAGUGAGAAAACCAAAAGCCAAGAAACCAGAAGAAUACAAAGAACAACCUGGUGAUCAUAUUGUGGUGGACGAAACCAAAAAACCAAAGAAAAUCAUACGCAAAUCCAAAAGACCAGAGCAAAUAACAGAAGAAACAAUUCCAAUGACCGAAUUCAUCGAAGUUUCCGAUGUUGUGGAGACAACCGAAGAAAUUAUUGAAACACCAGAAGGCAAGAAGAAAAUUGUAAGAAAAAUCAAAAAAGUGAAAAAACCUGAAGAUAAAAAGCCAGAAGAUUAUGAAAAGAAACCAGAUGAACACUUGGUUGUAGAUGAAACUGGUAAACCAAAGAAAAUAAUCCGAAAGAUCAAAAAACCAGAAGAUAAAAAACCCGAACAUGAAUUACAUGAACGUAUUGAAACAUUAAUUGAAGAAAUAACAAAAACAUUUGAAAAAGAAAUUACCGAUGAAAAACAAAAAGAAGAAACGAUUAAAUCGGAAAUUCAGGAAAUGCUGAAACAAUUACAAAUACCAACGGAACAUGACAAAAUGGAAAAACUUAAAGAUGAUGUUGAACAAUUGAAAUCACUGACAGAAGAAAUGGAUGAAUUUGAAGAUGUUCUACGGGAAAAACUUGGCAAACCACGAAAGAAAAUUGUUCGUAAAAUCAAAAAAGAAAAGAAACCAGACGAAGAAGUUAGUGAAAUUCAAUCAAAAGUCGAAGAAAAACCUGAAUUAACUGAACAUCAAAUUGAAUUGAAGGAAAUUCUUGAAGAAAUUGAUGUUGUUGUCUCAAUAACUGAUGAAAAACCUAAAGAAGAAAAGCCAGAAGAUAUUGUAGGAUCAAAAGAAGAAAUUGAAAUCAAAGACAAAAAGAAAAUUGUCUUGAAGAAAAAGCCCGAUGAUGUGGCUGAAGAAACGACACCCGAAAUAAGUUUCAAACCAACUAUAGAAGAAAAACAAGACAAGAAACGACAAGAAUCGACCGAAGAAAAAACUGAAAUCGAGAUGAAAGAAUUUGUUGAAGUUUCCGAGGUUGUGGAAACAAUCGAAGAAAUUGAGGAAACACCUGAUGGCGACAAGAAAUCUGUACACAAAAUCAAAUUGGUGAAAAAACCAAAAGCCAAAAAACCAGAGGAAUACAAAGAACAACCAGGCGAUCAUGUUGUGGUAGACGAAACGAAAAAGCCUAAGAAGAUAAUUCGAAAAAUUAGAAAACCAGAAGAACCUGAGCCUGAAGAAACGUCUGAAAAGCCAACUGAAUUCGUUGAAAUGGCUGAUGUGGUCGAGGUUGUCGAAGAAAUUACCGAGACACCAGAAGGCAAAAAGAAAAUCAUCAAAAAGGUGAAGAAAAUAAAGAAACCAGAAAAAAAGUUACCAGAAGAAUAUGAAAAGAAGCCAGAUGAACAUAUUUUAUCUGAUGACACUGGUAAACCACAAAAGGUGAUCAAAGAAAUCACAAAACCUGAAGAAAUUAAAAUUAUAAAAGAUAAAAAGAAACUUAUAGUGAAGAUGGCAAAAAAACCAGCUGAUGAAAUAGAAGAAAAAAUCAAACCAGAAUCGGACAAAAAACCUGAAGAAGAAAUAACUGAUCAACAACCAAGUGAAAAAAUUGAAUUCAUCGAAGUAUCUGAUGUCGUUGAAGAAGUGAUAACUGAAACGUCUUACGAUGAUAAGAAGAAAAUCGUGAAAAAAGUUAAAAAACGAAAAGAUCAACAACCGGUAAAUCUUGACCAGUUUGAUGAGCCAAAAUUAAUGGCCGAAGAAACGGUUCAUAUGAAACCAGAAGGAAAACCAAUCGUGCCGUUUGAAGAAUCGGAUGAAGAAUUAACCGAAUCGGUUAUAAAACCUGAACAGGAAUUCAUCACAGAAAGUAGAAAGAAAAUUCAAACGAAAUCAAAAAGAAAAGAACAACCACAAGAAAUUUAUGAAGAAUUUUCUGCAAAAGAAAUUGAUGAAGAUGUUAUGACAGAAAUUUUUGAAGAAAUAAUCGAUCUACCAGAUGAUUAUGAUAAUGAAGAUAAAACUGAAGCCGAAGAUUUAACAAUAAAUAAACCGAAAAAAUUAAUUCUUCGAAAAACGAAAUCAGAAUCCAUAGAAUCUGAACAAUCUAAACAAGAUGAAUUUAUUGUUCAAGAACAAAAAAAGAAGUGAUUACACCAGAAGGUAAAAAGAAGGUUGUGAAAAGAAUUAAAAAGAUCAAAAAACCUGAAGAAACAAAC